UAGUCAAUAGAAAUUUAUUGCAUUUCACAAUAUUUUCUCAUUGACUAUCAACUCAACCAUAAAACAAUGUAGUUCAAAAUGAAGUAUAUUUUACAUUUAUUUAUUCUAAUUUUCUACAUAUCAAGAAUACAAUCUUCAAUAUAUACAGAUAUAAAGGAGAACGUAUUAUCAUUUCUGCAACGCGCUAUAGACCAGAAUGACGAAGAAGAAUAUAUCAAACCUAGAACGUAUCAAAGUGAGAAUAAAAGAUACUUUAACAUCCAAAGGGACUUAAAAGAUGCAAAAAUAGCCAAAGAUAAAGCUAAAGUAUUGAAAAAACUAAAAAAUCAAGAAGAGAACAUCAAAAUAAAACAUGAACUAGCUAUUCCUGAUCAUCAAGAAAUUAAAAUAGCUAAAGAACAUUAUCAUAUGGAUCCAGUGUUAAAUCUCUUUAAGCGUAGGUCUGACAAGGAUCUUAGGAGAAAGGCUGUGGACUCUGAUGAUUCAAGUUCGAGCUUAGAGUUGAAGCCAUGGAAAGAUGAGUGGAGGGAACAUUGGAUUCAGAAGAAAUUCGAAGCUGUUAAUGCGUCAGCGCACAGGGGAGAGACUGUAAAUAUGGUGGCCGCCAGACCAUGGGGCGUACCAUGUGGAGAUCCCAACCAACACGACAUGCCGUGGGGUACUUGCAUGCUACCGAUGGAAUGUGAACCAGAAUACCGUAUAUAUCGCGGCGAUUACUUUUGCGGUAGAACACAGUUCGUCUGCUGCGCAAUACAACAAAGCACUUAUGACAUGUACCAAGGCUUCGACGUGUCCUUCGCCGAUAGCAGCUUAUCCACUGAUUCCGACGAAAAGAAAAAUCGCGGUAAAGGCUCCAGAGAAAGAAGACAACAUAAGAAACGCAGGGACAAACGUAAACGGAGAAGAGAACGUCACAAACGUAAACGAAAUAUAAAAAGGAAUAUCAGAAAGAUCGUAAAGGAAAUAAGAAAGAUAUUAAGCAGAACCUACAGGAACGGAACAUCGGAAAGGAAAAGAAAGACGAGGCAGUUGAAAAGAUUUAUAAAGGAGUUAAAGAAACAGUACAGAAAAGAUAGACAAGCCGUGAAAGAUAUACACGAGACAGAAUUAAUAAAAGUAGAUGCGGCAUUGCAAAAAAGAUUGGACCACAUUAUGGAACUUAAUCACAAUUUCAUAAGGAAUUCUACGUUUAGAGAUAUUGUUGUGAAUGGUACAAUAACUAGACAAGGAGCUCGAAUGUUAGUGCAAGCGUAUCCGGAAUUGUCAAGUUACUUUAACAUGAGACGCCGCGGAAACGAGGAACGUCCAAGAGAUUAUCUCGAAUAUAAUGUAGAUUAUGGGAUGGUGUAUAAUUGAAUAAUAAAUAUUGACUACUAUUUCUUUUAA